AAGAAGUGACAGGAGUGGCAAAGACAAAUAUUAAUAUUUGUCUUAAAAUAACACCAAUACCUAACGAAAUUAGUGUGGAAACUAAGAAACAAUCGAUUUAAAAUUAGUUUUAAAAGUUUCUUUAAAAUGGCAGGGGAGGCAAGCCAAAAGAAAAAAGGAAAAUUAUCUCGGCAAGAAUCCUCAAAAUCUGCGAAAGAAUCGGAAAUUGACAUCGAUAGGCCGAUUGCUGGUGCCAGCAGUAAUCAGGACAAAACUAGAAGUGGCGUUAGAGUUUAUAAAAUUGUUGUGUUGGGGGACGGCGGUGUUGGGAAAUCGGCUGUAACUCUGCAAUUUGUUAGUCACAGUUUUUUAGAUUAUCACGAUCCAACAAUAGAGGAUUCUUAUCAGCAACAAGCUGUUAUAGAUGGGGAACCUGCUUUGUUAGACAUUUUAGAUACUGCUGGACAAGUUGAAUUCACCGCUAUGAGAGACCAGUACAUGCGGUGCGGUGAAGGUUUUUUAAUAUGCUAUAGCGUGACGGACCGUCACAGUUUUCAGGAAGCUUUGGAGUACAGAAAGCUCAUACAAAAAGUGAGGGCCACCGAAGACACGCCUUUAGUCUUAGUAGGCAACAAGUUCGAUCUCCAAAUGCAACGAAAAGUUUCCACCGACGAGGGAAAAUCUUUGGCGAGACAGUUCGGUUGCCCUUUCUACGAAACCUCGGCUGCAUUACGUACCUAUGUUGACGACGCUUUUCACACGCUAGUGAGGGAAAUUCGUACUAAAGAAAGGGAACGGUUCGGCGUCCAGGACAACGAUCGUAAACCCAACAGACACAGCAAAUGGUGGAGACUACGGAGCAUAUUCGCUCUUGUAUUCAAACGCAAAAGACAACAAGCUGGUUAUACUUCAUAGGACGAAAUAUUGGAGGUAGUUUCACAAAAUCCACCUGAAGAAUUCACCUCGACGUAAGUACAAUUUACUAAUGUGGGUUUUGUAGAAGUGCGUUUUUUAUAGAUUGUAUUUUUUUACAACAACCACAAGACUUAGUAUUGAUUUCAAGUCAAAGGUUGAUUAUGUACAGGCUUUGACAAACUUAAUUCUAGUCAUUAAUGUAUUGGUAUUUUUUGAUAACAUGGGAGCUCUAUUAUUUAUUUUUCAUCAAGUACCACACAAUUAAAACAAUGGUUUUUAAUUCGCCCUGUAUAUGAUCAAUCG